UAUUUAAAUGAAAGACAGGUGUUAAGGUGGAAGAGCAGGAACGUGAAGGAAUUAAACAAGUGGACAUUAAAAACAAUUUUUUGCAAAUAACUAUGAGAUAAGAUGGUGUUGAAACCAACACACCAAACUGGACUAAGCGCAAGAAUUAAACAGUAGGUGGCGAUGAUGCUGCGUGUGGUUGCAAGUCGGCAUUAAGAAGAAGAAGAGUCUGCAGCAGGACAACUCCUCCACCACGCUUCUCUCAUGCUACUUUCCCUCUCAAAAUGUCCACACUGCAAACACUGAAGUCUUUUAUCAACCAGCGGCUGGCUGUGGCUGUUGAGGAGAUAUUCGGGCUGCUGGAAACAACUAUAUCAAACUAUGAAGAAGACAUUAAUCGCCAGCGCAAGCUGCUGGAAGACGAGAGGUCGGAGUUCAGAAUCAACAAAGCAGAUAUGCAACAAGCUAUGAGAUUUCGAGUCAUCAUCGGUAACGACAUCAAGAAGAUAACUUUCCAGAACGGCCUCCCCUCAUCUGUGGAGGACUUGAUUAAAGUGUUUCAACAAGCUUUUUCCAUCACCACAAACAUAGGUCUUCAUCACAAGGAUGCCGACUUUGAUGACUUCUUCACACUAACGUCUACAAGUGAUCUGAAGGACAAAGACACACUCAAAGUAGUGCACAUGCCACCAAGCAUAAUAAUGACCACGGUGCCUCAGGAACGCAAUUUUGACACAUCUGACCUGUCGUCGGUAGAUGAUCUGCUCUCUGUGGAUUCACAAGACAAUCUGAUUCCCAGUCCCCCUGACACUGAGAGGCAGAGCCUGUGGCCUGCUGUCUUUCCCAUACCAACCUUCUCCUACAACACUGAGAUGGCUUUGAGGCAAGGCAAUGAGAAGUUUCUAAAAGAUGGAAGCCCACUGACAUUACCAAGUGUCAAAACUGACAUUUUAGAGCGCCUGGCAGAGGCCAUGUUUUCCUACACGGCUUAUCCUAAUGAGCCACAGAGGGCCGCAGUUGCACAGGCACUCAUAGAGAAGCAUCCCUGCUUGAGGGAGCCUGGAUCUUUUAACGGAUGUUACGGGUGGCAGCAAAGCCUGAAGUACAAAUGUGCAAACUACCGGAGCAAACUUAAAGCACACGGAAAACCCGAACUGCUGAUAAAUACACUGAAACACAAGCAGGAAGGUGACAGAAAACCUCACAAAAAUGUCAAGAAACCAAGGAAAGCGGAGGUGAACUACCUGCCCUCAAACCCGGCCGGUGAGACAGAUGACAGCCUGGAGAAUGUGAGACUUGAGCUCAUUGCAGCUAGCAAGACAAACGACAAUGACCAAAUGAUAAAUACCAUGAUGUCCAAAACAUACAGCUGUAGAAGAAGGGAAGUGGUCGGCCAGUCCAUGCAGGCGGCAGAACUCAAAGAGAGAUGGCCCGCCCUCUUUGAUCCGUUACAGAUAAAUGAGGAGUUUCGGAGGUGCAACACUAUCCCGCUGGAGUCAACGUUUAUGUCCCAGCUGGACAGGUACACGCCAAAGUUCCUGGAAUUAUUCAGCGCAAAGGGAGGAGCUGCUGGACAGCGCAUGAAAACUGUGUUGAUCGACCUGACAAAGGACCCACAAGCCUCAGUGGUGAAGAAGAGGGACGUGACUCUGAGGUGCCUCAUCGAGUACAUGGGGGAGAGUGUGGAAGAGCUCAUCUCUGACUACUAUAGAACAGCGGAGGAUAAAGUGCACCAGGACCUUAAAACGCAGAGCAUGAGGAUCUACGUCUGUAACAAGCCAGACGCUGUGGGAAUCAUCAUUGAUGGAACUCCGGUGCUGACGGGGCUGGACAACAUGUCCAGAGCCUGCUGCCUUCUCCUCGGCCUGAUCUACGCCCUAAAUCUGGAUUAUCCUCACAAACUUGCCAAAACAUUUGAAGUCUUUCAAAGACUGUUUGUAGGACUUGAUACGCUGCAGCCAAAACCAACAUCCAAGUACAUCAGUCUGAAAAACAAACUCCUUACCUAAGCAAUUGCUCCGAGACGUUUGACUCUACUCAUACAAAAGCUGUUUUGUUAGUGUGUUACAUUUAGGAGCAGUAAUGUUUUCUGGUUAAUGAAAGAAACAAUAAGCAUUAAGUGUCUUUGGGCUGUCACCUUUUCCAAAAAUCAAGUUUGUUUUGCAUUUGACUAAUUGAGUAAGAUUGCUGCUGUAGAACCCCAAAUACUUCCACUGACUGCCUCGGUGUUGUGAUUGUCAACUCGGGGUGGCAUAGCUUGCUAGUGUCCUCCAUUUUUGUAGUAAACAACAUAACAUUACUAGCUUAGCUUACUGAUAGGUCAGCCGGUUCUUAUUCCCAGGGCUGUUGUCACGCAUUUUGGCAUCUGGCACCAACGCACAUAGCAGCCUUUAGCGUCAUCGUUCAGUGCACUGGGGAAAGCCCUUAUUUGUCGUUUGAGUGGAUGAGUGGGUCGGAAACUGGACUUGCACCAGGGAGACCAGGUGAUUCUUUUUAGUCAUGUUGCAUAACAUUACUUAACUUACGUAAGUCACGUAACAGUUAUUUUAACCCAAACUAUGUUUUUCCUAAUACUAGCCAAGUAGUUUUGGUGCCUAAACCUAAUCAAAUUGUGGCAUUUUACAAUAUUAACCACUAUUUAAUUUAAAAGUGUAACUGGAUGUUUCAUAUUUCUUCUUGCUAACUUGACUACAGAGCACCAAAAGCAGCAAAAAUGACACUAAAGGGUACACAGGGCGUCAAACUACUUCAAAUGGUAUUGCGCUUAGACACUGUGAAUCUUGAAUGGCCAUUACAGUUCGAAUAUUAACUGAGGCCACUUUAUUUUAAUUUAUUUUAAAUUAAAAGUGACAGCCCUAGUAUUGAGGUGACUGUAAAGGCCGUAGCAUUAUAUUGAUUUUCAAACCGUUCAGUGAGCACAGGUGCAUGGAAGCAUCUGCAUUUGAGGUUUCUCCUUUUAUUUGGCCCCCCUCUGUGUGUAUGUUUACACACACACACACAGUGUGUUGUAUAAGCUGUAUAAGUUUUCAAGCAUGCUGUAUUUUCAUACAUCUGCUGUAGGUUUAAGUAUUUUAUUUACAUGUAGCUAAAUUGUUAUAUGAAUAUUUCUGAGGAAAAGGAAAAAAAAGACUGCUUUUAUACAUUUUAUAAACUGACAGUUUAGCAUGUGAUGAGAAUGUUCGGAAUUAGUACUGAACUUCAAACAGUCUAAGAAAAAUUGUGAAAAUGUCAAUGUUGAGACAGAAUAUUUUAUAAUUUUUAUUUUUUCAGUUUCAUGAAAAUUAAAGCUUUGAUUUGGAUAUAAA